AGAAGAUAGUCCCAGUUUGGUGGCCGCCCGCGCGGGGUGUGGAUCUGUAUGGAAAGAUGACUCAGAACCAUUUGUUUGCUGGGGCUUAGUUGAAAGAGUAUUUACAAGUGAAGUGGUUUCUUCGACCGUGGAAAGUGUCUGUUGUCUGGUUCUGCGAUGGGAACGGCCCCACAAUGCUUUGGCCGGAUCGGAUCGGAAAAUGUUAUUUUCGAUGAUUUUGUUUGCGGUUACAAUGGUCACAGCAGGCUGCCGUUGUGCGAAAUGAGAAAAAAUUCCAUUUCCUCGACCAUUUGUGCUGUCAUGUUGUUCAACAAUAGUGUUUCCGUGACAUCAGCAGAGCAACAGCAAAUCGGUAUCGCGCUGAAUAAUUUAACCGAGUGACAAAUAACAAAUGUUGAUACGUUCGGCAAGUGUUGAUUUUCACGCAGGAGAUUUGGGUGUGAUGUCAGAGUAGGAACCUCUUAGUGUUAUGCUGCAAAAAAAAAGAAAUAUAAACGGAUUGAUUCAGUAUGUUCUUGAAAUGCCAGCUUUGCUCUGCUGUUGAUUUGUUUUUUUUUAUUCAAUGUGAGUGACAAUGAGAAAAAUAAGUUUUUCUCGUGACUGUGCAUUUCUAGGCGGCAUUUAGUUGAAAGCAAUCAACCGUCGGAGUCGUGUUUAAGGUAGUUCAGUUCCUACGGAGCAGUGGAAAUUAGCAAUGAAUGUUGGAGGAAAAUAACAAUCGUACCGACGAAGCGGACAAAUCAAUAAACAUCAGUUUUUUAUGCAAGUGCUAAUUCAUGGCCAGUUUCGGUCUAUUUGCUCAUGGUGUAAAAUGGUCAACGAAACUCGUCACCAAGCUGUUUGAUUCGACAACAACGAAAUGGAACUACCGAAAGGAGCCAAAAUAACCCACGCGGGGCUUAUGCAGCAUACCCCGGAUGGAAAGAAGGAGAUCCAGAAAAUUACCCAGGCCGGUCUGGUUGCCCGCUCGCCGGAAGGAACCGCCGCCAAGGGUAUGAACAUUCGCGGAAACGAAGAUCUGUGGGUGGAAAUUCAGGCGAAUACCUUCAAGAAUUGGGUGAAUGAGCAUUUGCGGGAAUCUGGAAUGCAGGUCACCGACUUCCACGAUGAUUUUUGUGACGGAACGUAUCUUUGUGCGCUAGUGGAAGCGCUUCAAAAACGUCCGCUCAAACCGAACUGGAGCAAACGACCUGCAAAUCAGCACCACUAUCUGGAAAACGCCACCACGGCGUUGAACGCCAUCGAAGCGGAUGGUGUUAAGCUAGUCAAUAUCGGGAACGUUGACAUAGUCAACGGGAACGUCAAACUGAUUCUGGGACUCAUUUGGUCCUUGAUUGUACGUUACCAGAUCGGCAGAAGUAAGUUUCCACCGCGGAAGCUCAUGCUGGCAUGGCUGCAAGCGGCACUUCCGGAUUGUAAGGUCAACAAUCUGACGACUGAUUGGAACAGCGGAGUGUUGCUGUCGGCUUUGUUGGACUACUGCGAACCGGGAAUCUUCCCCCAUUGGCGGACAUUGGAUGUUCAUGAUUCGGUUCGGAAUUGUGAGCGAGCUAUGAAAAUUGCCUAUGAUCGGUUCGGAAUUCCGAAGGUGCUGGAACCGGAAUAUCUCGCUUCCAGUUGGUUGGACGAACUUUCCGGAAUGACUUACUUGUCGUACUUCAUGAAACCGGAUGGACCGGGAUAUAACGCAACCAUGCGAUGGGUCAAUCAAAUGGUGAAGAAGCCGGUUUCGAACUUUACGACGGAUUUCAACGACGGAAAAAUCUUUUGUGAGAUCAUUCGAGAUUUGGGUGGUCCCGUUCCCGAACCCAGUAAGUUGAGUUCCGAUCCGGCGGCUUGGGAGAGUAAUCAAACGAAGGUCAUCGAGGGUGGUCUUAAAUUAGGAGUUAAACCAGUGUUGGCCGCUAAAGACAUGGCAAUGGCGGACGAGGAGCAUCUCGGAAUCAUGGCUUACACAACUUGGUUACGAUGGGUAAUUCCUAGGCCUCCGCUGGCAGACAUGCUAGCCGUUCAUUUGGAAAGUACUUCCGGGCGAAUCGGAGAACCGACGCGAUUUAGAGUGGAGGUACUGUCCAGGGAAAUCGAAAUGUCCAAGGUUAAAGCAUUCAUGAGCACUCCGAACAGUAACACGCUGCAACCGGUGAAGCUGAAUUCACGAGGAGAAGGAACGUACAUCCCGGAUAAGUAUGGAAUGCAUGAAAUCAUCCUGGAAGUAGACGACAAUCAACUGGGUGGUCAUUUCUUCAGAGUCCUACCUCGGUUGGUACACGUGGCUCCACCUGGAAUGGCUCCGUGUGCUUUGGGUAGUCUUGUUGAAGUGCUUGUCAAUGCUACCGGUGCUCCGAAAUUUGAAGAUAUUCUGGUAACCGCGUACAGUCCAUCCGGGAGACCAUUGAAGUGUCCACUAAAAAAGAUUGACCACGGACACAGUGCCAUAUUCAAACCGGACGAAGCUGGCGUCUGGGAGAUUGCCAUAACGUACCAGGGACGCCACAUCCAGGGCGGUCCUUUCAAUUGCUCGGUGUUUGAUCCGUGCGGGGUUUCGGUGCACGGACUCGACGGUGCCAUGCCAUUGCGGGCGCACUCGUUCGAAGUGGAUGCCCGGGGAGUUGGUGUCAGCGGUGAACUGCACGUGGACAUCGUGCACGAGAAACGAUCGCUCGUUUGUUCGGUGGAGAAGCUACAGGAGAACAAGUACCAGGUGACAUUUAUGCCGAGGCAAAACGGGAAACAUCGGGUGUAUAUUUAUUUCAAUGGAUACGAUGUCAAAGGAUCGCCUUACAUAAUGAGAGUUGGAAGCAAGGGCCGCUCGGGAAAGACAAGAAGCAGCCCACUUCAUGACAGCAGAAUGCGUUCGGAAAGUCCGUCUUUUCAUUUUAAUACGUCAUCUAUAAACAGAAAGAAUGAAUCCGUCAGACGGGACAUUUACUCGCCGCAGACUGUGCAGACGAGCAAGGAAACAUACGCCACACGGCUGACUUCACCGAUGCGGGAGACUCCGUCUCCCAGGGAGAUUCACAACAGCAGUUACAAGUCCGAGUUCAAAAAUGUUUCAUCCAACAAUGAUCACGCAUUCCGAAAAAGCACGGAAAUGCUGACGAAUGAUUCAAAGGUUCCGACCGUAGACGAUGGGUAUAAUUACGUCAAAACGGUUCGCACCGAGAAUCACGUUACCAAAACCGUUCGUCAGCAUCGUGAUUCCGAAAGUCCAAGCUUGAUCCGUGCUAGUCCUGGACUGAAAAGUCCGCAAACCGUUUCGUCCACGAUUUACGAGUCCAACUCAAGAAAUGCCACCGCUAGUCCCAAGUUUUACACAUCCAGCACGCGCUACAUUCCCUCACCCGUGGAGCACCGUAUCUCCAGUCCAAUCAACAUGCAUGAAAAAAAUGAAACCUACAAAGUUACCGAACGCGAAUCGUCUUAUAAGAGCACAAUCACCCGAGAUGUCGUUCGCGAUAGUCCCCCGGUCGAGAUUUAUAAAUCCUCACCGACAGCGACUGGCGGUGAGUACUCUUCGAACAUUAAGGUUACAUCGAACAAUGGUCCGUCCCGUCGGGACAGCCGGGAUGUGAUCAACAAAACGAAGCAUAUGUUCUCGCACAACUCCCUGGAAUCGUUGGCCAACUUGACCGAGAAGCAACUGAACACGGAUUUGACGUACGAUCGAGCCGUCGAUCAUCAAACGGAGAAAAAUACGCAGUUCAACAAGUUCUCCCUGAACGAUGGACACGUUCGAAACGAUCGAAAAGUGAUCGACGACGAAGGUUUGUAUCGUUCGGGAGGAUACUUGAAAAAUUACAAAACCGAAUCCAAUGAACGAUAUGAAAAGUACACCACCCUGAAUAGUGGCUUUGAGCCAAUAGGACGAGACGUAACCGGUGCGAGGGCGAUUCACGUCCAGGAUAUUCCCGAUGGGGUUCUUGGGCGUCCGGUGGAAUUUGAAAUUGAUGGCUCCCAGGCGGGCUCGGGAAAUUUGGAAAUUUUGGUCAACGGAGGUCGCGUCACUUCAGCCGUCCGGGCUUUGGGUAAUCAGCGCUUCAUCGCCAGUUUUACACCGCACGAGUCGGGUGUUCACACCGUGCAGAUUACGUUCAACGAAGAAACGGUCCCAGGUUCACCGUGGAAUAUCAACAUAAUGUCCUCACCGGGGCUGACGGCUCUCGGUGAAUCCACCCGGCUGGUACCGGCCAGUGUACCGGCGGUUUUUGAGGUACUGCCGCCUCCUGGAGCUUCAAUCCGGGGCAGUGACUGCGUGGCGACCGUGCUUUCGCCCAGCAAGAGCAAAGUAAACGCGCGAGUCACCCAUGAGGCGGCCAACGGUGCACUGCGAAUCGAGUUCGUCCCCAACGAGGUCGGAACACACAUCAUCGAAGCAUCGAUCGGCGGAACAACCUUGGUCGGAGGGCCGUUGAUUGCGAAAGUCUACGAUUCAAGCCUGAUUCAGGUGACGGAUGUUAAUGGGGGCGUGGUCGGACAGCCCUGCCAGUUUAGAGUGGAUGCCAGCGCGGCAGGAGAAGGACAGCUGGAAAUUUCCAUCAACGAAGGUGAAGUUCCAAAUCACGUUCAGGUCGUUGGUGGUGGAAGAUGCCUGGUGUCAUUCACACCCGAACAAGCGAAGCCCCACUUGAUUGAUAUCAAAUUCAACGGAGAAACUGUAAUCGGAUGCCCGUUUGUUUGUUCAGUAGCCGACACUAGUCGUGUUUUGCUCAACCUGUCCAAUUUGGAGCUCAUUCCUGUCAAUCGACCGGCAUCAUUUCACAUCACUGUUAGCGGAGGAGGGGCAGCCGAAUUGGCGGUGAGCGUUCGUGGUCCGCAAGGAGAGCUUCCCGUCAGAGUGACCGGUGAUAUCCACGCGGGAUUCACUGCCGAGUUUACUCCGAAUCAUGUGGGAGCUCAUACGAUUAAUGUUGAGUACAAUGGAUAUCCGGUUCAAGGAACACCUUUCGUAGCGAAAUCGUACGAUCCGACCAAGGUUGCCGUAGGAUCCGUUUCCAAGGGAACCGUCGGUAGACCGGUACAAUUCACGGUAGAUGCCGGUGAUGCCGGCGAAGGAAAUCUGGAGAUCACGAUCUCCGCCAAAGGCCAUAAUAUUCCGACCCAGGUGCAUCCGCAAGGAAAUGCCAAGUUCGCCGUGUCGUUCGUUCCCGCAGAGCCAUGUGAGCACAUUAUUAAUGUUUCGUUCAAUAAAAUGCUAGUGCCGGGCUGCCCGAUAACGGUUAUCAUCAACGGUGGAACCACGGGACCUCAGGUUUCGCUUGGGGGGCCGGGUCCGCUACAUUUACCGAAUUCGCUAAUCAUCAACCACGCCGGAGGCCGACUGGAGGACAUCGAAGUCAACGUCGAAGGACCAUCGGGACACUCGGUGCCAGCGCAGGUACUCCAAACGGCAGACGGCGUAUUCAAGGCUGAAUUUGUACCGCGGGUUGUCGGAGAACAUCGCGUCAGCGUAACCGUCGAGGGUCAACCGACGGUCGGCAGUCCGUACUCGGCGAAGGUCUACGAUGUCACUGCGAUCAAAGUUAAGAACGUCAACAACGGAACCGUGGGAAAACCGGUCGUAUUUUUAGUGGAAACAUCACAGGCGGGGCCAGGAAAUUUGGAGGUCACCGUCAAUGGCGGCCGUGUUCCAACGUCGGCUCAAGCUCAAGGUCAGCACACGUACGCAAUUAGUUUUACUCCACGCGAAGCUCAGAAUCACACGGUGGAGCUGCGCUUCAACGGACAGGAUGUGCCGGGCAGUCCGUUCACGUGCAAGGUAUCGCCGGCAGCUCGAAUCGUCGCCAGCGAUUUGAUGGAUAAAGUCAGCGUGGGACACGUGUUUGAUUUUUUGGUGGAAUCCGAUAUUUCUCCUGUCGUGGAAGUACUGGGCCCUGCUCGUCGAUCCGUACGUGCCGAUGUUACUCCGGCUCCCGAUGGGUACAAGGUAAAGUUCGAGCCAAUUGAGGUCGGAGAUCAUUCGGUGGAAGUUCGUCUUCCCGGAAGUGGUCACGUCGAGGGAAGUCCGUUUUUGCUGAAGGCAUACUCGGCAGAAAAAGUUGUUGUAACCGAUAUUAGGCCGGGAAUUGUUGGAAAAAGUGUUAGUUUUGGCAUUAAUGCGAGCCAAGCGGGAGCCGGAAACUUGGAGAUUAUCGUUGCUGUUGGUGGAAAGAAUGUUCCCAAUUUUGUACAAUCGGAAGGAAAUGCUCGAUUCAAGGUGAACUUCAAGCCAACCGAAGCGGCUACGCAUUCCCUAUCGGUACGAUUCAACGGGUAUCCAGUUCCUGGAUCGCCAUUUGCUUGCCACGUAACACAUGCUCCACUAUCUCUGUCGAGGGCGAUCGCCACCGGGGAGUCAUUGCGACAAGCUCCAGUCAAGUGUGAGAACAUUUUCGAACUGGAGGGAUUCGAUGGAAUCGACCCUCAGGUGCUUAUUACAUCGCCUUCCGGAGAUACGGUUUCCUGUAGAGUUUCCUAUCGCGAUGAUAUUCAUCUUGUUUCGUUCGUUCCGACCUCCGUUGGAAGGCACUUGAUCAGCGUCACAGCCAACGAUCAGCAUAUUAACGGUUCACCGUUUUCUUGUAACGUAUUUGACGUUUCACGCGUAGCGAUCAGUGGACUGGACCAUCACAACACGUUGGCUUCGCUAGGGGUUCCGUUGACCUUCAGUGUCGAUGCAGCAGGUGCUGGAGAGGGUACUCUGGAGUUGGUUGUAUCGACGGCUACCAGUACUGUGAAAGCCGAAGUCACAGCUUGUGCCCGAGGACUGUACGAUGUGACGUUCGUUCCGCAAACUUGUGAACCUCAUUUUGUCAAUAUCACUUUCAACGAUCUUCCGGUAGACGGAAGUCCAUUCCGUUGUGAAGUCCAGCAGAAUACUCAAAACGUUCAGAUUGGAAAUAGCACCUUCAUAGAGUUGGCGGGUGAGGAUCAAAGUGUGGAGAUAUACGACCCGGACAAUAAGAUGGUUCCAUUCACGUUAUCGCGCAAGUCGGCUGAGUUUAAAGCGACCAAAAUUGGGAGUUAUAUCGUUCGUUACAUCGAUCAGGAAACCAGAUCUUUCAUCGCGGCUAGAACCAUAAACGUGUUCGAUUCUUCGAUGGUCAAGAUUGUGGAGGUCGGGGAGGCUUACUGUCACAAGCCCGCAUCGCUGGCAGUUUCGAUCGUGGACGCUGGUCAGGGAACUUUGACUUCAGUGGUACGCUGCGGUGGUCUGGAGGUUCCACACUCGAUCCGUGGCCCCACCAAGAACGGAACGUGGGAAAUUGUCUACCAUCCGACGAGGGUAGCUCCCCAUAAGAUUAUGAUUCUGUACAACCAGGUUCCGAUCGCCAGCAAACCGAUUGAGAUCAAUGUGUUGGCACCAGCCAUGAGUAAAGAGAUUACCGUCAACGGUCUUGGAUUGUACCAGGCGCGAGUAGGAAAGACAACGUCGUUUGCCAUCGACACCGUCGGUCAUCCGGCGCGGGAGUUUGAUGUGGUUGUUUCUGGUCCAGGAGGUCAAGCCCUGCCAGUACGCUGUUAUCAGACUAAGGGAGGCCAUCUACAGGCGGAAUUUACAGUGCAAAAAGUUGGACAAUGUUUGGUUGAAGUACUACAUCAAUCGAAGCCUCUAUCGGGAAGUCCGUACACGUGCGAAUCGUAUGAUCCUUCGAAGAUUCACUUGCAGAAAGUUCCGAAGAUGAAUCUCUGUACAAACUCACCUAUCAGUUGGAAUGUGAAAUCCGAGUCCGCCGGGGUGGCAGAAAUCGAGGUGACUGUUCUGUCACCUACUGGCCAAAAUGUCCCAGUCAAAUUAAUCCAGCAAGAAGACUACGUGCAUCAGAUCGAAUUCCUGCCGCUUACAGCGGGCCACUACAAAGCAACGGUUGUGUACGGUGGAGAAAAUGUACCCGGAUCACCGAUGACAUUCGCUGUUCAAACUAUCGGCAACAAAACGGACAGUCAUGCUUCCGGCAAUGGGUUAGAGGUUGCACAUCGCGGAAAGGAGACAUCAUUUGUAGUCUUUUGUCCUACGACGCCGAACGUGCAGAUCGAACGGUGUGACGAACAGGCCGAGCGGAUCGAACCGAGGAUAAAGAAUCUGGGCAAUAAUGAGUGGAAAAUUUUCUACACUAUUUUGACAGUUGGUGAGUAUGAAAUCAGGGCCAGUUGUACCAACAGAGGACCACUGCCAGGAUCGCCAUGGACGAUUGCUUGCUUGGAUCCGGCCAAGGUCACACCGAUUGGAGGUUGGGGAAGUCUGCUGGAUAGCAACGGUAAACUACUGCUUCCGGUGAAAAUUGCCUUCGAUACUAGCAUGGCCGGACCGGGAGAACUGACUUGCUAUGUCGACGGUAAUGAUGUCCCUGUUGAGAAGCAAAACAAUGGAAGGAGUUUGCUUUACCUAUCGGACGAAGGUCUUUCGAAGGGCGAGCACAGCUUCGAUUUAACCUGGUCGGGUCUAUCCAUAUCCCAAAGCCCCGGGUACGUUUUUGUCACAGGAAAUUCAUCAGCCGCUGAUAAGGUAGUUCUGACGGGCCGAGGACUCACGUCUGCUCAAGUAGGAGAAAUCUCUCACUUCACAAUCGAUGCCUCGGAGGCACUUUCCGGGAAACCGGAAGUUCACAUGAACUACGAAGACGGAGAAAACUUGCCAGUGACACUGCUACAGCCAAGACCCAAUGAACUGAUUUGGUUGGCAUCGUACAAUCCGCACAAAUCUACGGGAGGUCCACUAAGUCUCUCGGUGGAAUGGAAUGGCCGGCCCAUUAAGGGCUGCCCGCUUACGAUUUCGGUCGGUCCAGCCGUUGAUGCUGCCAAGGUUCUCUGUUCCGGUGAAGGACUUCGCAACGGUGUAGUGGGACGCGACAUCAAAUCGUGGAUCGACACUCGGCGAGCCGGCCCGGGAGAACUGACCGCUCAUUGCACCGGUCCUCGGAAGGUAGCUUAUUGCGAACUGUACGAUCACGGUGAUGCAACAUUCACGUUGAAUGUCAAACCCCAGGAACCGGGAAGACAUUCGCUUACGAUCAAAUACGGUGGUCAGCACGUCCCCGGUUCGCCAUUUACACUGCGAGUAGCAGGAGCUCCAGACGCCAGUAAAGUGCGUGUUUACGGACCUGGAAUCGAGCAUGGGGUUUUGGCUACCUUCCAGUCGCGAUUUAUAGUGGAUACACGUGGAGCCGGAGCCGGCCAGCUGACUGUGCGUGUACGGGGUCCCAAAGGGGCUUUCCGAGUGGAAAUGCAACGCGAAAGUCAGAAGGAUAGGACCAUUCUGUGCAAGUACGAUCCAACCGAACCAGGCGAUUACCGCGUAGAGGUUAAGUGGGCCGGCGAAUUGGUGCCUGGAUCUCCGUUCCCUGUAUUGAUUUUCGACACACAAGAAGAGUUGAAGCGAUUUUUACACGGCAAUUGAAGACGCCUAUAAACCAUUUGAGUAUUUUUUGUGCAGUUUGUCUACUCGUAAGAUGUUGACUAAUUUAUACAUUAGAACAGAAUUUUCUGAAGGUUACAAAAAUCAAAAACAAUAAAACCACUCUUUAUUUACAGCGAUCUAAUACAUACAGUUUAUUUCUAAGCACACCGGUUGAUUUGUUGUAUUUAAAAGCGUUGUAGUAAGUAAAACACAACAGAACCUGAA